GCUGCCGAGCCAUUAGAUCUCCCUGGCUGGGCCCUGCCCUUUAAACUUCAGCUCUUUUGGUCCGGAAGAAGAAUGUUGUUUCCGGAAGAAACCCGGAAGGAUCCUUAGAAACUGGGGUUUAGGGAGGAGAUGAGACAUUCUCCGGAAUCCCAAAGGAAGUGAGAGCGCAGGGCAAAAAACUUCCCAUGGAGAUGCUGCUGCUGCUGCUGCUGCUGUUACUGCCCUUGACUCUGCUCUGGUGGCAGAAGUCCCCAAGGAUGAGGAAGGCCUGGGGCCACCGUGUGGCUUUAAGAGCCCUGGGUUGGGCCGCAGCUUGGACCAAGUGGCGCCUGGAGGAGAGCACCAGAUGCGUCCACCAGAGCCAGAAGCAGACAUUGCAGCGAUGUUUUCAGGGACCUCGAACUGCCACCUGCCCCCGGGGGGAAAUACCAGACUUGGACAGUUUCCGUAAUCAGUUCCCUCUGGUUCGGCCUUGCCUGGACUCCCACAGCAAGGCAGGGGGCUCGGAUGAGGGCUUGGCCAAGCUGCAGCAUCCACCGUUCAACCCCACCCCAUGGGAGACUUCUUUACAGGCCACAUUGCUGAGUUUCAAUUCUCUGAAGGAGACCUAUCCAGGGGCACUGGUCCCAGGAGGCACUGCCCGUUUGACCCUCACCUCCCCCUGGCCUUGCUCCCUCCCCUGGCCCUUGAGGCCCCUGGCCUGGGCUUGUCCCCCGGGGGCAGGAGCAGGGGACCCUCGAACACUGCUUCUAGCAGCUCUUGGAACCCGGGAUCUGCAGGUGCUAGAGGCCGGGACAGCAACGGAGUUGCUGGAUGUCUUCUGCUGCCUUGGGGCUGACUGGGAGGGCCUGGUGGAAGCGGUGGCUGCUGGCCAGCCAGGCUUCUCGCCCCUGGCCCCCGACCGGGCAGCGGAGCUGAAAACCGAACUGGAGCAGGGCCCCCAGGGCCUGGCCCGCAGGCUCUGGCCCCAGCUGCAGGUGGUGGUGACCACGGAUGCAGGGGGGCAAGACGUGGCCAAGGCCGCCUUGGGGGCUACCUGGUGCCAAGGGCUGCCUUUCUUCUCACCUGCUUAUGUGGCUGCCGGAGGUAUGAUUGGACUGAACCUCUCCCCAAAGCAGCAGAAGCCAGGGUACCUUUUACUCCCAGGACCUCCCUUUGUGGAACUGCUCCCAGCCUGGGAGAGGAGCCAAGAGGAAGCCCCCUGCACCCUCCUGUUAGGGGAGGCCCUGCAAGGAAAAGAAUAUGAGCUGGUGCUGACUGAUGGUUCUCAUCUCACCAGGUGUCCCCUGGGGGAUGUGGUCCAAGUCAUUGACUUCUACAAUCAAUGUCCCAUAGUCAGAUUUGUCCGCAGGCUGGGUCAGUCCCUCAAUGUCCGAGGUGAGGACAUUUCUGAAGAUGUGUUCUCCGGGGCAUUGCUCUGUGCUGUGGGGCUCUGGCCAGGGGCCAAAUUGCUGGAUUACUGCUGUGCAGAAAAUAGCCUUGUGGGCUCUUUCUCUGAUGCCUCUGCUCCUCACUAUGAAGUAUUUGUAGAACUGAGAGGAUUAAGGGGCUUGUCUGAGGACCAUCGACACAAGCUCGAUCACUGCCUCCAGGAAGCAUCCCCCACCUACAAGUCUCUCCGUUUCCGAGGCAGUAUUGGACCUGCCCAAGUCCACCUGGUGGGCCAAGGGGGCUUUUGUGAACUUCGGAAUCUCCUUUCCUCCUCUCCCUCCUUUAUUCCCUUUUCCUCCUUUCCCCCAGAGAUGCCCCGAAUCCUGAAACAUAGAGACCUGGUCCAGUUUCUGCUAAGGAGGGUGGUGUCUUGAAUGUCCUCAGGCCCCCACCUCCAUCACAGGAUGUCUUUCUCUCAUAUGUCUCUAUGGAAGCCCAUAAUCCAAGGGGCUCUCUGAUUCUAGGUGGUCACCCUAGUAUCUCAAAGUGGGAAAAAAAUCUCUUUUGGGAACCCUUGUGGUCCCAAUCCAGGCUAAGUGAUAUUAACUUUAACUGCUGGGCAGACAGUGGAGGAAGGUGCCCUUACCAGAGAUUAAAGUACCAGGAGAUAAGGGACAUUGUUCUCUCCUUCCCCCAGUAGAAUGGAUGUGGUGUCUUGCUCUCCCUUCACUGACUUGAUUUUUAAACAUAGGGGCUAGGAUAGAGAUAGACAUUGGACCUGUGAUUUCAUAUAUAUAAUAUAAGGGAUCUUCUGAAUGAGGAAACAUUCUCUGUUUCUAAGAGAGCACUGAGAGGCUGUGAUUUUCCCAGGCUCUCAUAGCCCAUAUGUGCCCGAAGUUAGAUUUGAACCUGAAUUUCCCUGCCUCCAAAGCCAACUCUCUCUAUUUCGCCACACUAUCUAUCCAUCUCUAAGAGAUAUGGUGUAAAAUCAGAGAUUAGGAAGGGUGUUGGCAAGUCAGUCUCCCUUCUCAAUCCUCUAGCAAGUUUGGAGCCUCUAAACUAGAAAUCAACCACUCUCUCCUCCCCUCUUCUCACCCUCACUGCCUUUGCCAUAAUUUGGCGGCAAUCCCAUUCCAGUUAUCCAGUCCCCAGUUCUCAAGAGUCUGUACUGACUACUGGCCAGCUAUCAUGUCGGGGUACUGUUCUCAGAGCCCUGUUACAAGAACACAUUUGUUGGAAUGUCCAAACUAGAAGGAAACUUUAGAAAGCACCUCAUUUUAGAGAAGAGAAAACUGAGUCCCAGAGAGAUUAAGUGAUUGGCUAAAAGCCACACAGCCAGUUUGUGGACAAGCCAGGAGCCAGACCCUGUCCUCUAUUUUUUUGACUAGGAAAUCAGGGUUAUGUGACUUGUUCAGGGUCACACAGCUAGUAAGUGUCAAGUGUCUGAGGGGAGAUUUGAACUAGGGCCACUGAUGCUAGUGCCCUACUGACUGGGCCACACCUAGCUUCCCCCAAUGCAUUAUUCUUUAUUUCCAUUUCAUUACUGUUGUUCCUUCUGCCUUAGUGUUAGGGGAGAAAUAACAGGGGGUGGAGGGAUGUCAGUGGGAUCAAUAAUACUAAAAGAUCAUAGGAGACCUAAAGAUGGCCCAUGCUUCCAAAGAAAUCUGUCAACAAGCCAGGAAAUAAACUGGCCUCAACCUA